UGAUGUUGUGUUGUUUUGUUUUUCUUCUCUCUUCUCUCUUGUCUUGUUUGUUUGUAUAGGUGCCGGUUGUGUAUUAUGAUAUUUCUCAAGUUUUUCCAUUUAAUUAAUGAAUGUUAAUAACUGUACUUAAGGAUAAAAUCUCACAUUUACUACGACGAUUGCGCGGCCAUCGUGAUGAGUUUCGUGGAUUUGGCGACUCUGACGCUUCACCGCCGUCAUGAGAUGGAAGGCAGGAUCAGCGUUUUGGCUGGAAAAUGCGACCAAGCCAUCAAUAACAUAAGAAAGUUAAAGACGCAAACUCGAACAUUUGUGAACCGGCUCAACUGCGAGCCUUCAGAGCUGAAGGAUCGGUUCCUGUCAUCCAUGAACAAGCUGGACGAGUAUAUCUAUCUCAUCACCGAGUUUAACCUGUCCAUUGACAACCUUGAAAAGCAUGAAAGCAUUGAGAUGGCACCAGUGCAUGACAAUUCUUACAAGAACUAUCCCGUGAUGACUCCGACCAAUCUGAUGGAUGUGCUCAGCGAACCUGCUCCCACCACGUCCACCGCCUGCGCUAACCUGUGUCCGGCUGAAAAAGAUAAGCUACCAAUCCGAAGGCGUCCAAAGCGAGAGCAGCUGCUCAUAGCAUUCUCCAGCACCUCGUGCUCCAAUGAGAGUGUGGGCAACAGCAGCAACACUGUCGAGAAAGAGGUCCAGUGUGUAGCCGCAGAUGUUCAGGAUCUAAACAUCGCAGAUUCUAAAGCCAUGGUGAACCUGCCGCAGCAGACAAUUCUCGACACAGAUACGGUGUAUGAAGCGUCCAUAUUAUGCGUUGAUGGAUCCACUUUCUGGAUAGUUGUGGAGCAGACUGAGGCCUAUAAUCUACUCCAAGAAAUGACGGCAUACUACUCUCAAGAGAAGAACCUCGUAUCUAUGAACCUGAAUGACCUCCCCAACUUCACCUGCUGCGUGUUCCACGACGCGGAAGACACUCAGGGGUACUUCCGAGCCAUGUUCAUUAGGGUCGAGGGUACAAACAAGGAGGAAGUGUUCCUAGUGGACACCGGUGAACAGCGGCCAGUAACGUCGAGCUGCAUACAACCGUUGGCGCCUGACUUCUGCAUAUCGCCGCCGUACGCACACUGCUGCCAUCUAGCGGACGUGGAAUUCGUGAGCACAAAGACAGACGAGAUAGAAGAAUUCUUGAAGCAGUACUUGGGGAAGCCCUUCACAAUGAAAAUAGACGAUAACUCGUCAGAAUCUCUGGGCGUCUACCUGUUUCUUCACGACGAGACUACGCUCAACGAUUUGCUGGUGCAAGAGGGACUAGCCACCGCCUUGGACAAGCCGCCUCGUACCGAGCAGCGAGCCCUCGUACCGACCUGCGGGCCCCCGGAGCUGCGCGCGCGCACGUCCAGCGAGCUGUACUGCAGCGGGCCCGAACACGACAACCCCGUACAAGCCGUCACAGGUUACAACAAUCGUGACGAAAUGGACAUCUGCAAGCACUAUACAGGGGGUUCGGAGAAGACGUGCUUCAAAGGCAGCCGCUGCAAAAAGCGACACGUUAUGAAACACCCUGAUGGCUGGACACUAGAUCGCGUACCGACUCCUAAAUGCCGUCCUCCCGUACUGCCCGCACCCGGCACGUGGCACAAAGUGGUCGUGACGUACGUCUGCCACUUCGACCGUCUCUACGUCAUGUUCCAACAGGAGCCCCCUAAAGAGGAGGUACCCACUUUCGGUAUCGUGCUGCCGCCCAUGACGCUGGCAGCGCUCAUACGUGACAUGAACAGCCCCGCCACCUGCGCCGCUCACAAACCGUUGAAGACUGCGCCGGCGCCGGGCGAGCUAGUGGCGGCGCAGUACCGCGACGCGCAGUGGUACCGCGCGCGCGUCAUCUGCUCCACACCGCCGGACCAAAACGUCGAGGUGAUGUACAUAGAUUACGGCAACGUGCUAUCCGUGAAAGAGAACGAGAUAAUGGAGCUGGAGCCGCGCUUCACCGUGCUGCCGGCGCAGGCCGUGCUGUGCCGCCUCGCCGGCGUGCACAAGCUCAGCGACGAGCGCCACACCUGGGUCACGGCCAAGCGGAGGCUGGCCAGUCUAGCGCAGGACAAGCCCAUGGAGGCACAUAUCAUCGCGCGCGGCUACGACGAGCUGACCGUGGAGCUGUUCGACCCCGCCGGCUUCCACCUCGCCGAGCAGCUCGCGGCCGGCGGCGCCGUGCGGUACGCGCGCGACUACGAGCUCGACCACGACUCCCGGCGCCGCUGCCAGCUGCUGCCGGCGUGACGGCGGGACGGCCCCGAGGUCUGAUGUUCAAUCAUAAUAGCUUCAGAUUUUGAUAGUGAGCGUUCUAGAUACCAAAAACGAUUGAUUCCAGUAAUAAAUUUGUUAGAUUCCAAAAAUAACCCAUAGAUUCCAAUAGUAACCCAUAGAUUCCAAAAAUAACCCAUAGAUUCCAAUAGUAACCCAUAGAUUCCAAAAAUAACCCAUAGAUUCCAGUAGUAACCCAUAGAUUCCAAAAAUAACCCAUAGAUUCCAAUAGUAACCCAUAGAUUCCAAAAAUAACCCAUAGAUUCCAGUAGUAACCCAUAGAUUCCAAAAAUAACCCAUAGAUUCCAAAAAUAACCCAUAGAUUCCAAUAGUAACCCAUAGAUUCCAAAAAUAACCCAUAGAUUCCAAUAGUAACUCAUAGAUUCCAAUAAUAACCCAUAGAUUCCAAUAGUAACCCAUCGAUUCCAAUAAUAACCCAUAGAUUCCAAUAAUAACCCAUAGAUUCCAUAAUUAACCCCUAGAUUCCAAUAAUAAUUUCAACAGUCCAAAAAUAAUUACACUUAAGUCCAAAACUAGGUUCCGAAAACUAAAUGUCCAAUAUAGUCGCCGAGAUUUACGAGCUGGAAGACGACUCCGGACGUCGCUUCCAUUUGACGUCGAAAAAAACGUAAAAAUCGACUUAAGUAAUAAGGACCAUACCGUUCUAUCAGAUUUUCUGUUGGAAUUUCAGUGUUAUAUAUAAUUUUUAAAAUCUAAAGCUAUUGCCAUUUAAGUUAGUGACUAGUUUCUUGGGCCUUAGGUUAAGAGGAUACUGAUUAUAUUAAGAGCUAUAACUAAGUCAAACCUAAACAGCUAAGCUAUAUAUUUAAUAAUUGUGAUAAUCGAAUUUAAACUGUUGUGAGACACACUAACAUUAAAUAAUUUCACGGUUUAGACUCACUUGUUUUAGUCACUCGCGCGACAUGUUUCGGCGAGUGACUAAAACAAGUGUCUAAACUGUGAAAUUAUUUAAUGUUUAUUGUGAUAUUAUUGAGUUUCCUCAGUGUUAAGUCUCAUAUGUUAUUAACACUAUAUGGGGCGUUUUCUAUGAAAAGGGACCGUAUUGUCGAUGGCCCUUACGCCUCACAUCGCCGCGCGGCAUUGUAUUUAUAUCGGAGCAUCGUUAAUAAUGGCGUAAGCGCCAUUGACAAUAAGGUCCCUUUUUAUAGAAAAUACCACAUAUAUUAUGUUUUGCAUUAGAAAAACGGUAGAAAAUCUUGACGUGUAUUUUUAUUGAUAAACGCUUUAAAAAAAUUAGUAAGUAUUACUUAUGAAACCAAAAGAAUGUAAAUAAUAUUAUA